UUCGUCCCAAAAAGGUUAAAUGAGCUGCCUCUGCGGCGCUAACCCGAUGCAGCUAGUCGCAGCCUCAGGCAACCGUCCUGCCUGAGGGCCUCAACACCCGCGGCGAGACUCCGCCGGAUCGAAGGUCCUCGCCCCCUCUCUCCAUGCAGCCACGCCCGUGAUUCCACCCUCCUCCUUAUCGCUUCAUGGAGUCUGCGGAAGUCUUCUAUUCCGCGCGCUUCUACGAUGGCACCUGGCUCUCUUCAACGGAAGUCCUUGGGGCUUGAUGUACCCCGCACGUCUGCUUUCGAAUCGCCGCCGCCGAUAGCGGCUCUGUUCGUGAUCCGCUUCGAUAUCAAAGCCGGUUAUGUCAUCUCCUGGAAACGAACGGUCCCCGGAGUCGAUGUCGAAGGCAUUGUCGAAUACAAGUCGCUUCCGUCCGGUCUACACAAUGUCUCGGAGGAUCUGAUAUACUUCGUCCACGAACAAUAUUCGGGCAUCAGUGCUUUCGUGAAUCAGCCCGCGGAGGAAGCCGAACGCAAUGCAAAGAUGUUCGCCAUCGGAGUGCUGGUUCCGCUCAGUUCUGGAAGACUGGGAAAGAGCUGGAGGCACGCCCCGAAGCUCAAGGAGCUGGCGCAAAACUAUGCGCAGAACAUGUCCGAGACACAACCCCUAUCGGAUUACUGGGCGACCUACGAAAUCCGCGAGAGCGACUCAUCAGGCCUGCCUCCCGACUCUCCCGUCGAAUCGCCCCUCAGCCUGCGGUUACGAGCUCACGGAGAGCGACCGGAUAAUCAACGUCGUAGUCGCGCAUUCAGCGAUGCAAUUGUGUUGGAAACGCCCAGGCCGGCCCUGACGCCUUUCCAUCCGGCCUCGUCGCUCCCUGAUUUCCUUGACUGUUUCGGUCCCCUUCUGUUUCCCUUAUAUAGAGCAGCAUUGUUGCGCAAGCGGGUACUUUUCAUGGCUGAAGUGCCGGUUCACGCCCCCUGCAAUUACGUAUAUGAUUUGUCUUUGUUGGCCUCGCUACCUAAUUCGCUCCUCCCACUGCUUCCAUCAGACAGAAUACCCGCUUUAAGGCCUCGUGCCCUCUUCAACGUUGGAAUUCAUGAUAUCCCAUACCUCUCGACAUUUGUGGGUGCAUCUCCCGACUCCAAACGGGACGCUGCGUGGAUCGCUUGCAGCACAGACACCGUUCUUACCAUGAAAUCCGAUCUAUACGAUAUCCUUGUCACCCUCCCCCCGACUCAUUCCAAAAAUGCCGCCGAAAAGGUGUAUCCGAAAAUCUCCGUCAUGCCUACCGCAACGGCACAGCACAAGUCCGCCCAGGCAGCCGAGCUCAAAGCCACACAGCGAGACGCACGACGCUUCACGACCCUCCGCAGGGGUCUCCAGCAUGUCGCACGGGACGAAGACACGCAAUCCGGAGAGGAAGACGACUCGGAUGCGGCAUCGACCUAUUCAUCCAGCCCUAUAGUCGAACCCCUUUCCUGGGCUCGCCUGGCGUACACCUCCUUUAUCUGGUGGGCGUCUGCCGGUGAGAAGCGUGACGGUCUGACCGAAGAGGAGGAAGAAGAGCAUCAACUCGAACAGGACACCCGUCUCCUCGCCAGCGUCGACAGCCUCCCCAGUCCACCCUCUGGCUCCUUAGGCCGUCGAUCCAUGCCCUCCGCGGAAUCAACCCAACAACCCCCCGAGAUCGCCUUAGUCGCCUACUUCCGCCGUCUAACCACCCAAAUCUUCAUCACCCUCUCCGACGUGAUCGCCCGCCACGACAGCCAGGACGCCGCCGACAACGGCGAACCCAACGACGACGACGAGAUCCCGUACGAAGAUGACCCCGAAAACGACCUCGAGCCGUCCGCCACCAUCGGCCGGCGGUCCACGCAGGAAGACGACACCCGACCGCUCCUGCGCGGCGACUCCGCCGCCGACGAAGACCCUGCCCGGGACACCGACAAACCCAUCAAAAUCACCACGGAGGACAUGACCGAGAUGGGCCUCGACGUGUGGAGCGCCGCGGAUCGCAUCUUCGUCCAGGAGCUGGUCCAUACGUGGUGGGGUCGCAAGUCCUACGUCGACAGCGCUCGCAUCAGAUGCUGUGGAAUCUCGAUUCUGUAAAUACCUCCUUUGUCAUCUAAGUCUGUGUACAGCAUACCUUCCUUAUCUUACCAGCAUGUGUUCUUUCUUCAUUUUCGGUCGUCAUUCUCAGGGGUUCCAUUUCAUAGAGGGUAGCUAGUUAGUUGCAUUUGCGAGGCCUUUCUCUAAUUCAAUCGGCGUUAUUUAUUCGGUAUGUGCAUCAAAAGUUACUCUAUCUAGUUGUGCAGGACAUGAAGUGAAU